CUGGAAGUUGUAGCAAGCAAUGAGCCCCCGGAGCGUGUAGUGGCCAACCUGUCCAUCCGUAAUGAAAAUCAAAACAGAUACUGAAUUUCUGAACCUUUAACAUUAAAUGUCAUUACUGGAGGUUUUAACAUUUUAUAAAUAUUGCAAAGAACAUUGCAGAAAUAAUUUAUUCUGUGAUUUUCCACUAUAGGAUUCUCCCAAAAAUUAAUUUGUUGCUUUCAUGCUAUAAUCUAUUGAUAGGCGGGAGUUAUUUUUGUGUACGAUCAUUGAAAUGUAAUCGAUUUGCGAUUUAUUAAUUAGUUAAAAGGCAAAUUAGGCGGUGUUGAAUGUUGUUGUAAGCAAGAUCAAUUGGUAAUUUAAACUAAUUGGUUUGUGUUAGUGUAGGGACUCUGUAAGUUGCAGAUUACAAAAACUACGUGUAUGUGCGUUGUCUUCAUUUGACAGCUUGUGUCAAAACAUUGAUCGUUGCUCGUAGAAUUCUGAAAACAGUGUGUUAAAUUGGAGAAAAAAGUUUUUAAUUUAAAUACGCUUUGUUGUAUGCUGUGAUGAUAUUAUUGACCGCGUGAGCGGUCGGUUUUGUAUUGUACAUAUUGUGUUGAAGGAGAGAAAAAGAGAACAAAAUGGGCAGUACUCAAUUGUACAGCUUAACCUGGGGUGAAUUCGGGACUUCAUUGGUAUCUGCAGUCCAGCUGUUGAGAUGUCACGGAGAUUUAGUGGAUGUUACUUUGGCAGCUGGAGGUCGGAGCUUUCCUGCUCACAAGAUUGUACUUUGUGCCGCCAGUCCAUUUUUAUUGAAUUUGCUGAAGAGUACUCCAUGCCAGCAUCCUGUUGUUAUGCUGGCGGGUGUUACUGCCCCAGAUCUGGAAGCUCUUCUGGAGUUUGUGUAUCGGGGAGAAGUGAGCGUUGAUUCAAACCAACUUCCAUCUCUUUUACAAGCUGCACAUUGUCUUAACAUCCAAGGCCUGGCACCAGGGACCAUUAGUGCUGAGGUCAGGAAGCCCGAGGAAAUAACAAACGUUUCAUCUGCCCAUGAAGCUCUUACACGUGAUGUCAUAAACUCCUUUCUGCCAAUACGCCGACGCAAGAGGCCAAAGCACAGAAAUUCAUCAGGACCUCAAAGCAAGUGGGCGCGCCAGGAUGGCUUAUCAGGUGAUGCAGAGAACCGACCUUUAGAUCAACAGACGUCUGAUGCUGUGCCUUUGACUUCAGAGCAUGAUGUUUUAACUGCCUUGCUGCCCGCACCAGGAAAUGCUGUGUCAGGCGGGGGGAAGGCGCGCGGGGCUUCAGAUCAACCAGGCAUGUGUCCGCUAUGUGGUGCAAUGCUGCGCCAGGCCAGAAACCUGCGUCGUCAUCUUCUCACAAGCUGUAAAUACCGGAUGAUGGGUCUUGCUGGUCCAGGAAUGGCUGCUGUCUCUUCUGCAUCUUCUGGUGUCAUUUCUGCCUCACUUUCGCUUCCUUCGAUAUCCUCUAGUGUACCUGUGCCACCAGGUCCUCUCACUAUACCAACAGUGACUAUACCACCACAGCAGUUACUUCUUGAAGCAUCCGAAUUACAGCUUCAGCAGAGAUUGACAGUGUUACCACCAACCCACCAGCCUCCUGUACCACCUCAAAUUCCAUCACACCAACAGACUCCAACACACCAAUCACAACAGCAGCAAUCUCAGCAACAGCAAGCACACUCCUCGUCAGCAAGCCCAAAUCAGCCUCCGGGGCAGGCAUGUGAACAUAUUGUGUGUAAAGUAUCACCAUUGCCAUCUCCCAUGUCAUCGUGUAGUAACCUUAUGUCUCCAAGCUGCAGUAACAUGAUGUCUCCCCAGCCAGCUAUGGUACCUCCCCAGUGAAUGUACAUAGGGUUUGAAUAUUUUUUGCACUCAUAUUUUCUUUUUAUUGAAAAUUAUCUUAUACGUUUUCUCAUGACAAAUUAUGUUCAGGUAAAUACUGAAGAUGAAAAUGAAAUAGAUGUUUGUGUAAAUCAAUCAAAUUCAGUGCAAAAGAUCAUGCUUGUUUAAGCACAAUGCUUUAUAGUUUUAGUGUAAGUCCCUAUAAAAAUGUUAUUCAAAAUUAUAAGUUGGACAAAUAUUUGACACUUAACAGUUUUCACUUAAUACAAAAGUGAUUGUGUGUUCUGAAAUGCACUUUAGUGAUUUUCAGAAAUGUAAAGUAUCCACACUUCUUUCAAAAAUACAAGUUACAGUGCAUAAAAUAUAGUUUCAUUUUAUACUGGGUGUAAAAUAAUAAUGAACAAACAGGUGCUCAUUUUAUAUGCAAUUUAUUAUUUACCAAAGAUAUUUUCUUUUUUAUUGUUCUUAUCUAGUCUAUGUCCUUUGAUCAUUGUAAUUGUUCUGAUUCAAGACAAUUUGUGUAUGUUCAAAGUGUUUUCUUAGAAUUUGCAUAUUUAUAGUGAUUUAAACUUCUAGUCUUGGUGAGUGUUGCGAGAAAUAUAUUUUAGUGAAACAAUUUGGUUCAUCAUUCCAGAAUGCUUCAUUGUUAGUAAUAGGAAAUGCAGCACUAGAAAUGAAUCUAUAGUUUAUUGUUUUAUAUAAUAAGGAAUUCUUUUGAAACUUUUAUUUAAGUAUCCCAAUGUCUUCUAUUUUGCACAUGAAAAUGCACUUAAUAUUUUUAUAAAGCUUGUGGAGAAUCUCUUUUAUACCAAUGAAAUAUGUGUAAAAUAUCUGUUUUUAAAUGUUUUUAUGAAAUUUAAAGCAUCCUUCAAGUAUCUUGUAAAGAUAAUUUACAAAUUAUUAUUGUUUCUUUUGUAUUCCGAUGUCUUAAAAAAUUAAAAUUAGAACGAAAUUUGUAUUGAAAAAUUUGUCUUCAAUGAAUGAAAAGUAUUGUAUGGUUUUCAAAAUGCAUUGUAGUUUUAAAUGAUGAUGUGUGUGUGAUUACAGGAGUAGAGAAUGGCCAUUGAUUAAUUUUGGAUAAUGACAGAAUGACCAUUUUUUUUUUCUGGUUUAAAGUAGUAAACUUUUAUGCAAAUUUAAGUUAUCCAAAUUUGUUCUUAUUAAAAUGGGUUUUGUGAUUGAUCAAUACUACACACAUUUCACUCUCUGUACCUUUCAUCUUCACUAUAGGUGAAGAACAGUGAUGUCCAGGUACCACUCUGCUAUGUCAGUGACUACCAAUGAUAUAUUUUUAAACUUCCCUUUCUUCCAGCAAUAUUGAAGGAAUGGUAGAUAAUAGGUGGGUGCUUUGUCUUCUCUCUUAAAUUGAAUCUAAUUAACAUUGAUUUAUGUUGAUUUUAAGAAGCAAAAGGAUUUGCUACCUUGUUUUCAAAAUUGAAUAAAUAUCAAGAAUCAAAAAAUACUUCUUAGUAUCAGAAAAACAGUCAGGAGAUUAUUAUUCUUUGUAAACAUCAUUUGUAUUAUUUGUUAGCUCUGCAUGCUUCCAUUUUUUUUUUCUGUUUUUUCUUCUGCUUGCUUGUAGCUACUUUGUCUUGAAAGCUAAUUUUUAUAUCAGUGUAUACACAGUAUUAAUUCACAUCUCAUGGCCUGCUUCAACAUCUGCAGAUGCAUGUAGUAAUUUAACCACAAUUAAAAUACUAUUUUGAACUGAAUUUUUCA